CUGCAUGCGGUUGCUGCCUGGCCUCAGUUUAGGCGGUUUUCUGAUGUCGGCGCUGCUGGCCCGCUCGGCCGCCCUCAACGCUGCCGCAGCAGCUCGCCGCCUCCCGGCUAGCACGUGCGGGCGUGCGGCAGCGGCUCUGCCGCGCCUGCUCGCAGCACCGGCCAUGGGCAGCCGUCGCUGCAGCGGCCUGCGAAUGGCAGACCAGAGCGCGGUAGCAGAGGCUCCGGCGCCGCCCGCGCCGGUCCCGCUGCCGACCAACGCUAACGAGCAGCUGCUCCGCAUCCGGCACUCGACGGCGCACGUCAUGGCGAUGGCGGUGCAGCGGCUGUACAAGGACGCGCGCGUGACGAUCGGGCCGUGGAUCGAGAAGGGCUUCUACUACGACUUCGACCGGCCCGAGCCCUUUGCGGAGAAGGACCUGCGCCGCAUCAAGAAGGAGAUGGACAAGCUCAUCGGCCUCAAGCUGCCGUUCCGGCGCGAGGAGCUGAGCUUCGACGAGGCAAAGGCGCGGAUCGAGGCGGCGGACGAGCCGUACAAGCUGGAGAUCCUCGACUCGAUCGUCGCAAAGGACCCCGACGCGCCCAUCACCAUCUUCCACAUCGGGGAGCCCGGCAAGGCGAACUGGUGGGACCUCUGCGCCGGCCCGCACGUCGAGCACACCGGCCAGCUGCCCAAGGACGCCAUCGACCUCGAGUCGAUCGCGGGCGCGUACUGGCGGGGCGACGAGGCGAGGCCGAUGCUGCAGCGCAUCUACGGCACCGCUGCCAUGCAGCGGCACAAGUCGAGCUGUGAACACGCGGUGCGAACGAGCUCGGCAGGGAGAUUGUCUCAUCUCGCGCGCGAGAGAUUAGCAUCUCGCUAUAGUGCCAUGCAGCGGCACAAGUUUCGAGCUGUGAACACGCGCUCGGCAGGGAGAUUGUCUCAUCUCUUGAGCGAGAGAUUAGCAUCUCGCUACAGUGCCAUGCAGCGGCACAAGUCGAGCUGUGAACACGCGGUGUGCACGAGCUCGGCAGGGAGAUUGUCUCAUCUCUUGAGCGAGAGAUUAGCAUCUCGCGAUAGUGCCAUGCAGCGGCACAAGUCGAGCUGUGAACACGCGAUUGUCUCAUCUCUUGAGCGAUUAGCAUCUCGCGAUAGUGCCAUGCAGCGGCACAAGUCGAGCUGUGAACACGCGGUGCGAACGAGCUCGGCAGGGAGAUUGUCUCAUCUCGCGCGCGAGAGAUUAGCAUCUCGCUAUAGUGCCAUGCAGCGGCACAAGUCGAGCUGCGAACACGCGGUCUGUGAACACGCGGUGUGCACGAGCUCGGCAGGGAGAUUGUCUCAUCUCUUGAGCGAGAGAUUAGCAUCUCGCGAUAGUGCCAUGCAGCGGCACAAGUCGAGCUGCGACUGUGAGCAGGCGGUCGGCUCGGACGAGAUCUGGGACAAGGCGACGAGCGCCCUUCGCGAGGCGCUCGGCGCAAAGGGGUGGGAGUACGACCGGCCGUCUCUGCUCUCAGGCGGCGGCGCCUUCUACGGCCCAAAGAUCGACAUCAAGAUCCGCGACGCCAUCGGGAGGCUCUGGCAGUGCUCGACGAUCCAGUGCGACUUCAACCUGCCGCAGCGGUUCGGCCUCGAGUACGUGUCGCCGGACGGCGGGCGCGAGCAGCCGAUCAUGCUGCACCGCGCCAUCUUCGGGUCGCUCGAGCGGUUCUUCGGCGCGCUCACCGAGCCGACGGCAGGCGACGGCUCCCCAUCUUCGACGGCGGGCGACUUCCCCUUUUGGCUCGCGCCGACGCAGCUGCGGCUGCUGCCCGUCUCGGACGACUACCGGCCGUACUGCGACGCAGCGGUGGCGCGGCUCAAGGCGGCGGGCAUCCGCGCGGAGGUCGACCCCGGCGGCCGAUCCGUCGGCAAGCAGAUCAAGGUCGCCAACCAGGACAAGGUGCCCAUCCUGUCGGUGGUGGGCGAGGCCGAGGUUGGCGCGAACGCCCUCAAGCUCGAGAUGCGCAAGGGGGGCGAGCUGGGCGAGCUGCCGCUCGAGCGCGCCAUCGAGGUGCUCGCGGCGGCGGCGGAGAAGGCGGUGGAGCCUAUCGAGGCGCUGUGA